GACCUCUCGGCGCCCGCGGCUGCGCCCGCGGCCGCGCCCGUGGCGGCACAGCCCGUGGCGACACCGCCCGCGGCGGAGGAGCCCGCGGAGCCGGGCGCGGCGGCCGCGGAGGCGCCGAGCACGGCGGCGUCCGAGGCGGAGGCGGCGCCCGAGGCGGAGGCGGCGACCGCAGAGGGGCCCGCGGCUGCGCCCGCAGAGGCGCCCGCGGAGGCGCCGGAGCCUGUGACAGUGGAGGCGCCAGUGGCGAGCCCCUCGGCCGCGCACGCCCUCGGCGACGCCCCCGCGCUCGCCGCGGCGGCGCUCACGGAGGCCCUCGCGGCGGCGCCCGCGGCAGCAGCGCCCAAGGACACUGCCCCGGCCGUCAGCUGCCCGCGCGCCCCAGAGGGGCACGUGGCCCUGGGCGGCGGCCGGGCGGAGGCUUCGGGCGGCGGCGCGGCGGCGGCACAAGUUCCGCAGCUGCCCGCACUCCCGCCGGCGGUCGCGGGCAAGGGCCUGCGGCCAUGGCGCCAGGACCGGACACCACGCGUUCGUGCGCCCUGGCGCGCCUGUGCUGGUGGCUGGUGCCGAUUCCGAUGCGCCUGCUGCGCGCGAGAGUGGGGCGGGCCUGGCUGCUGGACGGCGACAGCAGGCUCCGGGCCGACCACGAGGCCGGGCUGA